GGAGACACCAGAGACAGACACCUCUCUUCACCGUUUGACAGUAGCUACAGAGACACCAAUCUGUAAAAGUAACAUAUCAUCGGCCAACUUCCUGAGGAGGUCCCGGGACACAACAACACGAGUACCAUGAUGAUUAAACCAUAUGUGAGACAAGGCGAGGGGGAGGAGGCCGUCAGCCCUCUGCAGUGGAUGGACGGAGACAUGAGCUCACCUGAUGGGGAUGCGUCAGUCUCAUCACACUGCUACAGAGCAGGUGGAGUGAAUCAACAGGACAGUGAGCUGGGGAGUGAGGAUGCACAGGAGGAUGAGGAGGAUGAGGAGGAGGGACCCGAGGAUGAAAACGAGUCCAAGCGACGCGGGCCCAAGAAAAAGCGGAUAACAAAGGCCCGGCAGGAGCGAUUCCGUGCAAGACGUGUGAAGGCUAAUGCAAGAGAGCGUUCGCGUAUGCACGGUCUAAAUGAUGCACUGGAGAACUUGCGCACCAUUAUGCCAUGUCACUCCAAAACACAGAAACUGUCUAAGAUCGAGACGUUACGACUGGCCCGCAACUACAUCUGCGCUCUGUCUGAGGCUAUGGAGGGGGGCCUCUCCACAGAGAGCCGGGCCUUCAUGGAGACGCUGUGUAAGGGCCUCUCACAGCCCACCAGCAACCUGGUGGCUGGCUGCUUGCAGCUGGGACCAGCGUCUGGUGCUGUGGCGAGGCCUGAGGACAGACACAGAGCCCGGGCCGUACCUGCUCCCCUCGAUGGCGUGGUGGGCUACUCCUCUCCAGGACUGCCAAGUCCGCCUUAUGGCACUUUUGACUCUGCUCACCUGCUUCACCUGAGGGCCAUAAAAGGAGGAGUGAAUGAGAAUCACUCGCCAAAUGAGUAUAAUGCCGGAGGAGUGGGGACCCCUCCGUACGACGGCCCCCCUACACCACCUCUGAGCAUCAGCAGUAACCUGAUGCCCAAACAGGAGCCUUCACCCCACUACCCACCUUCUCACCACUACUCCCCCUCCCCUGUGGACCAGAGCCUGUAUCAGACUCAAACCGGCUAUAACGGACACUUGGAGGGUCCAUAUAACUCCUACCAUCCACAGCACAUGCCCCCCCGACAGAUAACCUCCGCCUACAGAGACUAAGACGGAUCAGGACAGUCGACUGUUUCAAUUCAAUUCAAUUCAGUUUAUUUGUAUAGCCCAAUUUCACAAAUUACAAAUUUGUCUCGGAGUGCUUUACAAUCUGUACACAUAGACAUCCCUGCCCCAAAACCUCACAUCGGACCAGGAAAAACUCCCAAAUAACCCUUCAGGGGAAAAAGGAAGAAACCUGGAGGAGAGCAACAGAGGAGGAUCCCUCUCCUAGGAUGGACAGAUGCAAUAGAUGUAAUGUGUACAGAAGGACAGAUUUAGAGUUAAAAUACAUUCAAUGAAUAUGACAGAGUGUAUGAAUAGUUCAUAGUAGGCAUAUUCCACGAUGGAGACCUCCACGAUCCAUCAGGCAGAUGGCGGUGGGGAGGAGGAGUGGCGGAGUCUCAACAGGACAGUGGCGUAGUCAUGAGCAGGAAUUCCACGACCCAGACGAUCCAUCAGGCAGAUAGAUUUAUGCCGCCUCAUAGGGUCCGAUGACCCCAUGAGAC